CUCGCACUCGUUGCGCUUCUCAAUUGACUACGACGAGACAGGUAUAUUAUAUUAUGUGAACUUUUGGAUGAUAUUGAGCUUUUAACUGGUAUAUCGAACCCACUUGAAGCUCGGCUUAUCCCCACCUCAGCUAUCCUAUCCAUCUUGCGAGAUGGAUUCUGAUCCAGGUGCUGCGCCGGCUAUAAACCCAAAACCAUCAGCUACCCCCGUCUCGCAUUUCUUCCCAUGGGCCACAUCUCCAGAUAUUAUACGCAGCCAUGAAAAGGAUGCGUACAUUUCCGGGACGCUUUCAACUCAAGCACACACAAUAAUUCGCGCUCUACGUGGCGCCAGAUUCGCCCACUCUCAUACCGAUGCCAUCAAAAACCUCACUGACCUCCUCUACCUUUCUCUCACAACGCUUGUCGGAAACAGAACACUGGGCGAAGAGUAUUGCGACGUGGUACAACUGGAAGAUGACUCAUUACGACUACCAUCGCUGGCUCGACGGGUCGGAUAUAUCCUCAGUAGCAUUCUAAUACCAUGGGCAUUACAGCGGCUUCUCCCCGCCCUACGACAGAAACUGCGGGCAAAACUCCAACGCAGCGUCGCCCGCUUACAGGCAAGAGCUGCAUUACUGUCCUCCAAACAGGAAACGCCCUCUAAACCUAACCUCACACUUCGUUUCCAAACCUAUGUCCUCGACCAUCUUGAUUCCCUCACCUCCCUCUCCCCAAUCUUCGCACUUAACCUGGCCGCCUUCUAUUUCUCUGGAGCAUAUUACCACAUAUCCAAACGCAUCUGGGGCCUUCGAUAUGUUUUUACAAAACGAAUUGAAGAUAAUGAAGCUAGAAUCGGAUAUGAGGUACUAGGCGUCUUGCUCGUUUUGCAAAUCGCCGUGCAGGGAAUCCUGCACGUCAAGGAUACAGUCUCCUCCUUCACAGCUGAAACAGCGGAGAACCAACAAAGCUCCGACCAGAAAACAGCCCUCAAAGCAAUAUACUACCCACCAUCCCUCCAAUCGCUACCCGCAAGCGAGGCGCGAUAUGAUAUGGCGAAUCCCACCAACGCCGUGCUCGCUUGGGUUCCGCCCGGCCAGCAACGGAAGUGCACCCUCUGUCUAGAAUCCUUUAAAGAUCCGAGUGCGACAACGUGUGGACAUGUAUUCUGCUGGACGUGUAUACGGGACUGGGUGAGAGAGAAACCUGAGUGUCCGCUCUGUCGGCAGGAGGCGUUGGGCUCAAAAAUCUUGCCCUUGAGAGGAUGAAGUGCCCCCCGUUAUUUUAAGAUCUGACUGUGGAGCGUGGAUAUUGAUAUCGUAUAUAGCAUAUGUAUGACUAGUUGCCAUUGUUAGAAUUGAUAUCAAUAUAAUAUAAGCCAUACACGCCGGUGUGUAGGUGUGUAUGUAUGUUUCCCGCAUUCCCAUUGUGAAAUUUUGUACCGAUGUGGCAAUAUUUGUCUAUAUGACCAACGCCGAAAAAUUUCUAAUAGCACAGGACUAAUAGAACAGGACAUCAAUCAUUUAAAUCAUCCAACUGAUCCCAAAGGAAAAUGUAAGGUACAAAUACAUAGAAGAUUAUGGAAAAUGGGAUUCCACUACCCGGAAUAUUCCCCCAGAGGUAAAACUAGAAACGGCGCGCCCUAGUGGCGCAGGAGGCCAUGCAUAUGCUUGAUAUAAAC